UUCCCGUUAUUAGACUUAUUUUAUUCAUUCCUACGUCUUCUACCGGUUUUGAUGAUUUAUUCAAAUCCCCUUUUUCUGUGAAGCUAAUUAUCCGCUUUCAAAGUCUGCAAAAUCUCCUUAAUUAUCUCUUUUAGCGCCUCCGAGUAUAUCCAAAAACCGACUGACUAAUGAUAAUAUACCACUUUACAAAAUUUCAACCUAAAUAGCAAAAAAAACCUUCCAUUCUUUCUUUAACAAUUUUCUGAGAGCCAACCAGCAUCAGUCCUUGCUUCUGAGAACAAUGGCAUUGGAGACACAAGAAUCUGAUGGAAUUGAAGAAGAAAUUUCAAAGAUAGAAAAAGGUCUUGUAAGCACCUCUCAUAACCCAGGAACCAAUACAAGCGAUGAUUUUCGUUCAUCAGCUGCACCCCCAAGCCUCCCUCAAAAGUUGAUUGCAGAGUUGAUUGGUACAUACUUUGUGAUAUUUGCUGGGUGUGGUUCGGUGGCUGUGAACAAAAUAUAUGGGAACGUCACGUUUCCUGGCGUAUGUGUAACAUGGGGUCUCAUUGUCAUGGCCAUGAUAUAUUCAGUCGGCCAUAUUUCUGGGGCACACUUCAAUCCGGCCGUCACCAUCACCUUCGGCGUCCUUCGCCGGUUAUCUUUCCGGGAGGUCCCAUCAUAUAUAGUAGCUCAACUAUUGGGAUCAACUAUGGCUAGCGGCACAAUUGCUGUACUUCUUGAUAUAACCCCAAAAGCUUACUUUGGAACUGUUCCAGUUGGAUCUAACGGCCAGUCCUUGGUCUUUGAAAUUAUCAUCUCCUUCCUCUUGAUGUUUGUCAUCUCUGGAGCUUCCACAGAUAGUAGAGCGAUUGGUGAUCUAGCUGGGGUUGCCGUUGGAAUGACAAUACUAUUAAAUGUCUUCAUUGCUGGGCCAGUUUCAGGGGCUUCGAUGAACCCGGCGAGGAGCUUAGGGCCAGCGAUUGUGAAGCAUGUGUACAAAGGGUUAUGGGUGUAUAUAGUGGGACCAAUAACUGGAUGCCUUGCAGGAGGAAUUGCAUAUAAUUUCAUCAGGUCCAAACCACUCGCCAGUUGACUCUAGGACUAGGACUGUUUCUGCAUGCACCAAACUAAUUGUAA